AGAACGCAUGGCCACUCACCGUUCGCCAAGACCGCUACAACGGCUUACAGUGAAAUUAAACCGUAUCUUCAACAUCGAUUGAGAAAAUUGAAGUCAUCAUACUGAAUAGUACAGACACUACAACAAGAAUAGAACCCAAGAUCCGAACCCAAGAUCCGGCGAAACACCUUCAUCUCCUCGGAGCUGCACCAUGCCGGCACCGGACGGGGAUGAGCGGUCUCGGUUAAAGACGGACACCGAGUACCUGCUCCUAAGGGUAUUACAGGAGUUCAAGGCCAGAGAUAUUAAGGCUCCUGUGGACUUCUAAAUCUAAUGUGCUAUUAAGCACAUUCAUAUCGCAUUAAAAGUAAACCAAAUACUUGAUAUGUCAUUUUUAUAUCACCACUCAAUGUCACAAAAGUAGCUUAGUUGUAUCUCUACGGGACAUCUUGCUCUUCUAUUUAGAAGAAGGUACAGGGUGGCUGAACGGCCUCAAUAACGUUAGUCAAGACGUAGCACGAGGUAGCACGAUAUGAGAUCUACGGGCACUACGAACAAUACUAUCACGAAUACACGUACACACAUGCCAUGUUCUUCUAAGAAGAAAUAUCAGCGUGGGCUUAUCACGGCAGCCAGCUUCUCAAAUGUUCUUGAGGAUUUCGGACUGCAAUACGGCCAACCAGAAGUUGCAAAGUUGUUGGAGUACUACAGUGACUCGUGAUUUGUGGAACAUUACCAAUCUAUAAGUUACACACAUCAGACAUGCAGUCUGAGACGCUUCCAAUGACAAGCACAUCAAAUUCAUAAAAAUGUUGAUUCUAGUACACAAAAAAAAACAUCAACAUUAACCUCGAUUCCAAACAAGGUAUUGCAUCAUCAAAGGCGAUGGCUUCGUUAUAUACAAGGACUUGGUGAGAAAAUUUUCACCAUCAACGCCUCGUGCGAAGCAGUCAGAAACGGAAAAAUUUCUAUUGAAAGCGAACGACUUAUUAUGGUCAGCUUUUUUUUCCAUCUUUCUCGGCAUCUACUUGGUCCCCUUUUGUUCCCGUGUAUUCUUCUGUUGAAUGAUACAAGGGGUAAGAAAGGGGUCGAGAUGAGGGGACCAACACCAAGAUGGAUCGAGGCCGAGUCUAAACUUAGCUUUGAAGGCAGAUAUGGGGAAGCCACCAGCGCCACCAAUGCCAGACCUGCAUAAUGAGGAAGCGAUGCAGGAGUACUUCCGCUAAUUUUUGGAGUAUGCGAUUCAUCGUGUCUAAAGAUAAAAAUAAUGGUCUUACUAGAGUAAAUUCAGGUCACACAAAACUUCACCUUUGAGAAGAGGAUAGAGGUACAAGCCUCAUUUUUCCUACAAGCGGGUCGUCGGAUCGUACAACAUGUGGAGAUACAAGAACUUGAGCUUCUAAUUCGACAACUAGGGCAAGAAUAAGAGCACAACAUCACACACUUCUUUUACCAGGUUCCUCGCCGCCCAGACUGAGGAGAUCCGCCGCUUGUAUUCCAGGUGGGACCGAGGCAUGCUCACCGACCAUGCUUUCGUGCAUGCACUAUCAGACGACCUAAAAAUCCCAUUGACUGAAGAGUUUAGACACGCUUUGGCGGUACACGGACCAGCUAGAGUUAUGGUGAAUGUUAGAAGUGUAUCUCGCCGUCGAGAUAACAGGAAAAUAUGGAUGAGCAUGAGGAAGCUUCACAAGUUAAAGAUUCAUAGGAUAAGAGUUAUUAUAUACAGAGUAGUUUAUAGCACGCAUGGUGCAUGGAGCGUAUGGAGCGCAGAGCUUUAAGGGGCGCAAGAAGCUCCCCCCUUAGCUCCAUGCUACUCCAUGUGAUCCAUGCACUCCAUGCCAUGCGAGCUGUGAAACCUUAUAAGUUGCUCUGUAUAUAAAUUUCCCUCCUUCUGCUUGAUAUGGUCAUCAUUUUGAAUUGACUUCUAUGAAGAUGACGCAUGUGGUCCUGACCGUUGGAAAACUCUCUUCCUCUAACAAGUAUCUGAGUUUCGCGAAGCUAAUAAAGGCUUUGCGGAUCGACAAUUUUUUGCACAAGGGUGGAGAGCCGCGAAAGCACCAUCAUAGUCAAAGUCAUUAAGGCUGGAGGUAAAAAAUUCAACCUGACUCCAUUAUAGUACCUGACGAGUUUCGCUUUAACCUCACAAUACUACACAGUACUUCGCUUUAACCUCACAAUAAAUACUACACAGUAUCAGUACCGCGGAGGCAGCAUGUUAAGUCAGACUCAGGGCAUCGAUCUUUAUGAUAUCGUGCAGAACUACCAAGAAACCAUGAGUACGUCAGCUCGAAAGUUGUUGUACUUGCAGUGGGAUUUAUUUUUUCCAUCAGUCACAAGUAAGAGUAACGAGUCAGGCUAAUAAGUAUUUGAGUCCAUACAUAGCUCUAAAUUCACCAGCAUCCACAUGCGCUUUUCACGACUGGAGACGUGCUAGCCUCGAAAGGAAUCGAUAUGAGACCUAGGUCUUCAGGAGGGCCUCAAGUAUUGCUGUUGGAGUUUCUCUUAGAAUUGUGAACAAUAUUAGCAGAUACAGAUAGGAGGAUACUUGAUUUUUAUAAUUGCCCUUUUCAUCUCUUUUCUAUCUUCCCCUCCGGUCUUUGUUUUUUCUUCUAGUUAAAGGUUAGGUCGGCUCCCCCACAAAUAAUAUUUUUAGUGGUAUUGAUUAGUGCAGGUAGAUUAUCGAGAGUCGCUAGAGCGAAGUGGACAAACCGGAAGACAGGCACCGCUAGGUGAAAUUAGAAGGAAUCCGGUUACCUGGGAUCCAAUUUCAAGGCAAGGAGCAUAUCAUCGUACUUUCCCCUAUAACUAAGUACUAUUGAAAACGAUAACGAUGUUGCGUAACUACUAUCGAAUACGAUGUUGCAGCGUUCAUCAAAGAUUGUAGUACCCUAUCCUCUUUUCUCCCGUUGUAUCCCUGUAGAAAAGAUAAAGAUAAAGAAUCAUGUCGGUUGUAGAAAAGCUACGCCGUGUCUAAAAGCUACGUUGUGUCUAAAAGCUACGCUGUGUCUCUUGUUCUACUCAACUGAACUCAAGAACAUGGCUAACCUUGAGCUCCGUUAGUUGUUUAAACCUCAGAGAAUUGACUGACAGGAUCAUCUUCAUCGGUUGUUAAUAUCUACGUAUUCUCUUCAUGUUCUCUUGAAUGAUCGCCAAUCCUACUACAGCAAGCGGCACUUCCCCAGCGUCGCCUUCGGAGAGUAGCGCGCCCAUCGGAUUGAGGCGAGCAAUAUGUCUGUAUUGUGACGGAAAAGUAGGAAGUUGGGUAUUUAGGCAAAAGCUAAAGGAAAACGGUAUCCUCGUCACGAUGGAGAUUGACCGACUAAUCCGACUGCACGAAGCAGAUAACAGUUAAGCUUCUUGUUGUCUUGAUUAUACCGGUGGAUUGGCUCUCCAUCGGAGGUUGUACUUUCCAACUGGUUGGCCUCACGAGUAGACACUAAUAGCUACAUAAGAGGCGCCAUGGCAUGGCAUGACCAUCGACCAACUUCUAGUAACUGGUGAGUCUCCUUCUCCUCAGCACUCUAGCAGGAGUAUAACUACUGAACAGAAAUGAUCCCUCACUUCCUCGCUUGGCUCGAUGUAGUAAGCUGAUCUUGACUCAUCUGGCGAACUACAUGCGGAUCCGCUUAGUAGAGUAGUCAUUGAUAAGUGAACAGGCCAACGCCUAAACCACUAAGCAAACUGCGUCAUCUCCUACAUCAAUGGGGUAGUCUGCUUAGGCGACUUCUCCUAACCUGAGCCGAAUAGACGACUGCUAAUUGAUUUCUCCUAACCUAAGCCUAACCUAACCUAACCAUGUGAAGGAUCCCCAACCUAACCUAACUUGGUAAAAUUGUCUUCUAACGUCAUGUCCGUGUUGCCGAGUUCUUGGCAGUGGUGCAGAGACAGAUAGGAGGUGACGAUCGGCAUUCACCAGCAGCAACGCCAGCAGUCGGAUCGGGUGCGCAGGUAUUACGAGUAGAAGAGUUUACUAGUAGUUAAGCUACUAGUAGAUGAAUGAAUGAAUGAAAGUAGUUAAGCUACUAGUAGAAGAAGAGUAGUUUCUUGUUGUACCAUAAUUACUAGUAGAAGAUACAAGUAGAAGAGUUUGUGCCAUUUACGUAUGCGAAAGAAGAGUUUGUACAAUGUGCCAUUUACGUAUGCGAGGAUGCCGAUGAAGAUGAUUGUGUAGCUAUAAUCUGAUACGUUCUCUAGUAUUAGAAAAUCGUCUAAAAAAAAUGUCCUUCUAGAGCAUUACAACGACCACUACAGUGUAGUACCUGAUAACAAUUCACUCUCCUACUACUCCUACUACUUGCACAUCUUGUUCCACCCCUCUCGACUAUUUUUCAGGCAUCAUACUCCGCCAGAGGACAUCAAGGACCAGCAUUACUAGCCCCAUUUGCUACGGUUAAGGCUUACAGUGAUUCACUCUACGAAGCAUCUUUGACCCCUACCCCUUUGCUAAGGGAAGAGUGCGCCAAAGAUGCUUUUCAAAAUGGAUGUACGCAAUGUCUAAUACGGAAUAUGCAGGAGGCGCGCGACGUGGUGUCGACUCGCCAAAAGUAGCAAAGAAUGACAUUGUAGCCUGGACUAGUCCCUCAAGAGGGAGUACGGCUAAUGCGGCGAAGCGUACGCGAGUGACUUGUUAGAAAUGCAAUCCAGUCUCCCUUAUUUCUUCUUUUUCCAGUCUCCCUUAUGUUGAUUUUCCAGUCUCCCUUAUUUCUUCUUCUUCGUUCCCCCUAAGUCACGCUAUCAAAAUCCAUCAUUUUCAUUUUCCUGUUGCAUCACCCACCACCUGCAAGAAUUCGUGGGUUCACACUACACUGUCCAAACAAGAAGUAAAAAUUGUCCAAACAUAAGUAAAUUCUUUCCACUAUUGACAGACUCUCUUAAUAAAUUUGUCUCCGUCCCUUAUUUCUUGUUGUUCUUCCUUUUUCACAGUUGCCAAGCACGCGAACCCGAACGCAAAAGCAACACGAACGGCUGGGGACAUUAUAGCAUGGAGAAACGACCUUCCACCUGCUGAGACGAAGACACAACCGGUCACACAUCAAGCGGAAACUAUGGGUACAAUUGACUUUUAAAAGUUUCUUUGUGUUACAAAGAACUAUGGGUACUGUUAACUUAAAAGUUUCUUAUUGUGUUACAAACUAUGGGAACUGUUCACUGAAAAAUUAGAGGUUCUACUACACUCUUCAAAAGAAAGUAUGGACACAAUUGACCCAACGCCUAACAAUCACAACGCCUCCUACGUCGCUUGAUACUCUUUCCAAGUACUCCUUCUAAUUCCUCCUUCCAAGUACUCCUUCUAAUUACUCCUUCUAAUUCCUCCUUCCAAGUACUCCUUCUAAUUCCUCCUUCCAAGUACUCCUUCUAAUUACUCCUUCAAAAUACUCCUUCAAAAUACUCCUUCUAAUUCCUCCUUCCAAGUACUCCUUCUAAUUCCUCCUUCCAAGUACUCCUUCUAAUUCCUCCUUCCAAGUACUCCUUCUAAUUACUCCUUCUAAGUACUCCUUCCAAGUACUCCUUCCAAUGACUCCUCCUAAUUACUCCUUCCAAUUACUCCUUCCAAUUAAUCCUUCUAAUUACUCCUUCCGACGCUGAUUCCUCCCCUAGCCCAUUCCUAAUCUUUACAACUUAGAAGAAGUUGGUUCUCCCAAACAAACCUCUUGUCAGGCAUAUCAAUCAAUCAAUCAAUCAAUCAAUCAUAUGAUCCUUUUUCUGCCAACUACACCACAACUGCACAGAUGUAAUAUCCUGGCAGCAUAGUGGCGGUCCUCAGGAAAUACGACCGUCGAAGCGCGCUCUACAAGCACCGGGAAGCUCGGGAACCUAUUAUACUGCACCUUUUGUUAUGAGGUCUCCUAGAUCAUGAUCUUUUGUUAUACUGCUCCUUUUGUUAUGAGAAGAUCCAUCUUCAUGUGGUGUUAAUCUUAAUAUUUAUGUGCGAAGAAAGAACCGCUAAUCGCCGCACCGAAGCAGAUCGAGGGAAGGCGCCGCAAGAGUGUGGGACGCAAGAAUAUCUACCUAGUUCGCGGAGGGUCGGACUAAGAUAGACCUACGAUCGAAAUCGAAUCUUUAAGUAGACUUGAUGUUCAGGGAGAUCGUAGUAUACUUACUACGAUAGCUCAUAAUUAGAGCAUUUGUUAAGAUGGAUGUUUGAUUGCAUGGAUGGCAAUGCAUGGCAUGCAUUGCAUCAGUCGAAGGGGGUCAGAGCGAGACCCUCCUAAGGGAGCUAGCCUUGAUGUUCAGGGAGUCUUCGGAAAAGUAUUCGAAGACUCCAAAUAACCGAGUAGUUACUGAUUGAAAUACGGGAGGUAGCUUAACAUCAAGGCUAUUCAUCUUCCUUCUCAUCAGUAUCUCGGUUAUUCUGCGCAGUUACUUGCUUACUUCAGUUUUUCGAAAUACUACGCUUAGUACUGUAGAAGUUGUUAGCAUUCGCCCAAUGGAGUGAUAGGUAAAUGAAUGAAUGAAUGGGCAGACUUUGUUCGCUUGUAGAAUAUCCCUUGGUUGAGAUCAAGAUAAUCAAUGCAUCAAGUUUAAAACGCUUCAAUUUUUAUAACGUCUCAAUGUCGAAGCGUGGGUUAUAUCAUCAAGUAGGUCGUGUGAACGAAAACACCCCGUGCUUGGUAUAUCAUCAUCAAUGUCGUGCGAGUUAUACUUACCCCAUCAGUGUUGAAUGAAAACUUCAGUGAAGAACUUCGCGUUACUUCUUCAACAUCUCCUAAGCAUGGAGGCGUGAACAAGUGUAUGUCCUUAAGAUGUAUGUUCGCCCAUUAAGAUGCAACCACCUUUCGAUGUAACUAAAAGUUACUCGCGUUCGAGCACUCGGUGCAGCAUAGGAAAAUAGAUCUUCAUGAAACAGAGAAAAUUGCGGUGUGGAAAAUGUAUAAUACGAAGAGGCGCACCUCAUGUAUAUCAUCGCCCUCGUGGUGGCCUCGCAUCAGUUUACUUUAUUCCUGCUGCACGGCCAGAAAAGCUCCACCGAAGGAGAUUAAGAAUUCACCCCUACGCCAGUAACUACUUACGCUGAAAAUAUGUAGGCAGGUGCUUCACGGAACUCGCUCACGAUACAAAAAAAAAGACGUCGUCCUUGAGUUGAAUUAAGUCAUGUAAAUUCAGCACGCCGCUGCUCCUGAG